AUGCCGGUCAUUGAACACAUAUUUAAUUACUCACUAUCUUAUGGCACCUUCCCGGAUUGCUGGAAAACGUCUGUAGUAUGCCCAAUACCGAAGAUAAAGAGCCCUUCUCUACCACAGCAUUACAGACCAAUCGCAAUACUGCCAACAAUUUCAAAGGCUCUUGAGAGAAUCGUAUGUGAGCAGAUGCAAGGUUAUCUAGAGNAUAAUGCUCUGUGNGAUCCCUGUCAGUUUGCGUAUAGAAAANGACACUCUACACAGACCAGUGUAAUCAGGAUUNUAGACNACGUCAGGAAAGCUGUUGACAAAAGGAUGAUCACGAUCUGGGUGCUCUUUGAUCUCUCUAAGGCAUUUGAUCGGGUGCAAUGUCCGAUCUUAUUGGAUAAGCUGGCUAGCUAUAAUUUUUCGAGUCAUGCUCUCAAUUGGUUAAAGUCCUACUUAAUCAAUAGAUCCCANGUAGUUCGUGAUCNUGUAACUUCUAGAUUAUCAUCUUNGGCUAAAUUANAUGCUGGUGUUCCUCAGGGCUCCGUUCUGGGACCUCUUUUAUUUACUUUGUAUCUAAAAGACUUUGGCGGCAUUUUGUCGCACUCAUGGAAUCUCAUUCCAUCGAGUAUACGCGUGAUCCAGUCUCUUGAUUUAUUUAAGUCGUUAAUGGCGCACCUGGAUGAGUUUAAGAAUUUCUUCGCUGACUCUCAAUAUGACAUCAUAUGCCUUUCUGAAACCUGGCUCAAACCUGCUAUAUUGGACGUGUCAGUUUCUUUACCUGAAUAUAACUUUUUCAGAUGUAAUAGAGUUGGCAGGAAAGGUGGAGGUGUGGCUUUCUACCUUGCUUAUCCUUGUCAAGCUAAGAUCUUGAAAAUGUNUGAAGGCGAAUAUAAUAAAAAGCCUGAGUACUUGAUUGCAGAAUUAUCUAUAGCCACACAAUCAAAGAUCCUAUUGGCUGUGGUUUACAGGCCACCUCAUUGUGGUCAUCUCAGAGACUUCUUCAAUGUUCAUGACUGGAAUCAGCUUCUGAGUACCAAUGAUAUCGAUCAAAAGGUCAAACUAUUUAAUCAAUAUCUCUUAGCUAGUCUUGAUGGAAAUACGCCAUUAAAAACCAUUUAUCCUUACAUAUGCCUGCGCCUUGGCUGA